CAUAAUUCCACCACGAGGAAACAACAUGGAGGAGGAGCUCGAGCAGAAGAUGACGUUUGUCUUGGCCGACAUCGACGCCCAAUUCAGCAAGGCCCAUGAAGCAGCCACGAAACUCCUUCGUAGAGUUCGCAGACAUAGCCAAACCACCCGCCAAAUGCACGCGCAUUGCCGCUUGUUCCAUGACCUGUUUGUUCAACUGCAAGACCAAGCGGCGGCGACACCGUCGUCCAGUCAUGCGUCGCCAGCGCAUCACCACGACCGACCAGGAAAUAGGAUGAACAUGAGCACAUACACGGACAUUCAGGACGACAUGGAGGCCGCGGAGCAUUACGACUCGUUCCUCGACGCCGACGACGAGUUUGUCGACGCCACCGUACAGCUCAAGACUACGACGCUUGUCCAGCCUCGAGGUAGCGUCCCUGCUGCCACGACGGCAAGCUCCACGUCGCUUAACGAGAGCAGCAUCAACAUUUCCAUGGACAUAACAGGCAGUCCCAUGCCCCCGCGACACCAUCUUUCUCGACCGCCCGUCCACGUUCACACCCCUGCAGCUGCGUCUUCCUCGCAGCAAGAAGCAUCUUCGCAUCCCACUCCCGCGUCACCGUCCAAUAGCAGCACUGCCUCAUACGUCCAUCUCCCACUUCUCCCCACUCCGGAAAUGCCGUCGCUGUCGCACAGGGUUCAGCUCCUCCAAGCUCCUCCACCUUCCACAUCCCAUGCUGGUGGUCUUGACGAAAGCGAUUCAUUCCUUGGCGUGCCCAGUGAUAUUGCGACGCCAGACAUGCACGUGUUGAGUCGUCCUUGCCUUUCCCCCGAGGCUUCGUCUCCAGGCUUUCCGACAUCGCCAUCCCCAUCUCACCCAGCGCCGCCCUUCGCUUCUUCUUCUUCUCCAUUGAACACGAGUGUCAUCGCUACCUCGAGUCCGCAUGCCCACCACGCCGUCCAGACCCCUCCAUGGCACGCCACGCCCGGCGCGCCAUCGUCCGACUUUCGGCGGCGGUUCAGUGCCGCCUCCGAGUACCGCACUCCCCUGAAAUCCAAACCGCCGUUUGCUGCCGACGACGACGACGAAGACAUGGACCAUGACAUGGCGUACCCCAACAUCGACUCGCCGGUGCUGGCGUCGCCCCUGCUCAGCACCAAGCUCAAGGUGCUGACGCCGCACACGCCGCUGUCGAACCGUAUCGCAGGCGCGUCCACGCAGACGCCAUACCGAAGUCCAUAUGCGUCCACGAUGUUGUCGUCGCCGUCGACGCCGAAAAUUCCCAUAUUUGACCUCGCGCUCUUCCCCGUGGCGUUUCAGAAAGGCGAAGGGGCGUAUCAAAUGACUCGGUUGUACAGCUACUUUCGCAACAACCCAACGCAAGCCAUGGUAUGUAUACUGUACAAACCACAAGUGAUGACUGUAUAUUUGUAUGUAGACGUUGGCUGGCCUAGUCGAUAAACUAGACGAUUGCGAGUCGGAGCGACUAGAAAUUCUGCUGGAUACGCUCGUGUCCCGCCGCCUCUUGCGGCCGUUUGUAGUCGAAGGGGAGAUGUACUGGCAGUCGUCGUUCAAAUAACGCACACAACAAUACCUCUUAGUGUCGAUACGGACGUCGAAAUGUACUGUAGGAUGAAUACUACUAUUAUAGGUACAUACAGGGCCAUCGGCUGUUCCUAGCCAUCCA